CGGCCCAGCAGGCGGGCGGGUUCAGUUAAAAGAUUUGUUUAGUUAUUCGCGGUAGUUUCACGGUGACGGUUGACCGCGAAAUCGUCACAGCCGGCGAAGCGUUGUGAGUCCCGCACGCCAGAUCCGAUGCCCAUCGAUUUCUCCACCUCGCCUCUGUUUUUCUGGAUUAGGAGUAGAAGAACCUAAUAAGACGGGUACCGCCAGAGGACUCACGCCCUCUCGUACGGUCAGGGUGCGCCGGACGGUCGUCGAGACGACGUCAUUGACGUACCCCAUGUUCUUUCAGAUGCUCUUCGCCAUCACCAGAUUGGGAAGAUCACCGAGGAAAAAAAUCUUCAUCCAGGCGACGUAAAUCGACGUAACAGCGACGAAGAACGCUUAAAAGACGUUAAAACGACGUACCGUAUACGUCAUUGUGAUUUUUAAAGUUAUAGGGCAUUAAAGAGCGUAUUAAAGACAUUAAUCGGUAUAGUUGAAGAGAGAAUAUUUAGUGUACUAACGUAAAAAUUACGUAUAUAAGACGAGUAUCUACGUAUUUUAAUACUUAAGUGGAUUUGUGACUAAGUGUAUAAACUGUCUAAUUUGUGCGUUUGUUUUUAACGCGAUAAAUAAAAACUUGAAAUAACAAUCAUCUUAUUUUGGUUUAUUUGUUCAUUUUUCUAAUUGAAAAAAUGAGUAGUACGGACAAGAAUAACUUGAGGAAGCUGUCAUUCUUGGGUUUCAUCUCAAAUAAGAAUAAUGGCUGUGCUGGAGGAGAUUCCGAGGUCCAGCUUGACGAAGAAUGUGCCAAAGUCUUCGCCAUGGACUCUGUCGUGUCCACGGUCUUUGAUUUUCACGACAAGGAAGUCCACAUCAAACCUAAAUUUGACGAAAAAGACUACCAGCAACACAAACAAAAGGGGUACCCCCACAUGCACGCCCCUCUCAAAAAGACUUCGAAAUUGAUGAAACGUCGCACCCUGUCCCAAGAUUCAUCCUCCCCCCAAGGCACGCCCGUACUCAGCCCCAAAGACUCUGAAACAACCACCCCCCAAACAGAAAGAGCAGCGACACUCAGUCCUUUGAGCAGCAUCCGUUCCAAGAUCGAAGACUCGGAAACGGGUCCGCUGAACUCGCCCGUUUUCCAGGAGGACGAGGACCCGGGAAAUCAGAGCUCCGACUCGGAAUGCGUUGUUUCCGAUCCGUGCAACUACCACCUGAAGGACGAGGCCGAUGACGAGGAGGAGAAGGAGAACGAGCCCGAUAAGAAAGUGUCGUUCCUGAACAGCGAGAACUGGGAUACUUUCGAUCCGGACGGACUGAAAAAGAAAAGAACACAUUACAGUGGACAGAGGAAACUUUCUCUUCCUGUUGAAGGAACAGGAAAGAAACGUCACCAUCACCAUCAUCAUCACGAUAAGGACAAGGACGGGCCACCGGAAGGUUUCCAGAAAGAGAUGAGAAGAGUAUCAACCCAACCAGAAGAUGAAGAACUGAAAGGUACAGAUAGAGAUCAUCUAGAUAGUCACAGGUCCGACGAUCCUAGAGCCUUCCGCAGACACAAGACUUCCAUAAUGCACAUCGGCAAAGGGGCUGAAUUGCACCCUUUCCUGAAGAAGCUGUACGAUCACAGUCCUCAUGCUAUAUUCGUAGAACUCAGCGAACUUCUGCAAACAGAAACAGAUUCGAGCGAGAAAGAAUGGAAAGAAACCGCCAGAUGGAUCAAAUACGAGGAGGAUGUUGAAGAAGGUGUGGACAGAUGGGGAAAACCACACGUAGCCUCCCUCAGUUUCCAUUCGUUACUCAAUCUAAGAAAAUGUCUAGAAAACGGGAUUGUUGUACUGGACCUCGAAGAACGCGACCUCCCUGCCAUCGGUUACAGAGUGUCCGAAGAAUUAUUCAGGGAAGAUCUUAUCAGAGAGGAGGACAAAAGUCAACUGAUGCGAGUUCUACUCUUACGUCAUCGACACGUGAACGAUCACCAAGAAAGAAGAUUUGGUUUUACCAAGAACAAGUACAGCUACACAUCACUACAGAGCCUCCACGACACGGAAAAACGCAAAAUCAGCUUCCCGGAGACCACCAUCCACUUGAAGAACGGCGAUGCCGAACACAAGCUACUCAACAACGAUACCCACACUGUCGACAUAAAGGAAGAGGCCUAUUCCACGUCGAAUGAGGACAUUAGGAGGGCAUACAAUGAGGCUAUCAGGAAGAGAAUACCGCCAGAGGCCCAAGGGGCCAGUGUUCUGGCAGGAGAGGUGGACUUCCUGGAACAACCGGCUAUAGCUUUUGUCAGGCUGGCUGAAGCGGUUGUCAUUCCAUCGCUGAUCGAAGUUAAUAUUCCUGUUAGGUUUAUUUUUAUUUUGUUGGGACCGAAGAGAGCCACCAUAGACUAUCAUGAGGUGGGUCGUUCCAUAUCAACACUAAUGGCGAACCAGCAGUUCCACAAUAUCGCGUAUAAAACUGAAUCCAGAAAUGAACUGUUGUCGGCCAUCAACGAAUUUUUGGACGACAGUAUAGUACUACCGCCCGGAGACUGGGAAAGACAGGCCUUGCUACCCAUAGAGGAACUAAAAGCCAAAAGCGACGCUAUUAAGCGAAGGAAACAAAAUGCUUUGAAGAAAGCUCAGGAAGCACAAGGUCUAACCAAACCCCUACUCUCUCUAGACGGAGGCGACAAGAAACCCCCCUUCGGCGACCCCCUGGAACGCACCAACCGUCCCUGGGGCGGCCUCAUCAACGACCUCCGCCGCCGCUACCCCCACUACAAAUCCGACAUCCUGGACGGCCUCAACGCCCAAUGUGCCGCAGCCGCCAUCUUCAUGUACUUUGCAGCCGUCAGCGGUGCCAUAGCCUUCGGAGGCCUGGCAGGCAUGAAAACCGAGAACCAAAUGGGUAUUAGCGAGAACCUGCUGUUCACCAGCAUCGCAGGGAUCAUUUUUGCCAUUUUCUGCGGUCAGCCGUUGAUUAUAGUUGGGACUACUGGUCCUUUGAUCAUAUUCGACGAGAGUCUGUUCCAGUUCUGUCAGGCGCAAGGGAUAGAGUUCUUGACAGUGAGAUUAUACAUAAGUCUUUGGUUGGCUGUGAUAGGGGUUGUGGUGGCUGCGUUCGAGGGGAGUGUUCUGGUGAAGUUGUUCACCAGGUUCACGGAGGACGUGUUUUCUGCGCUGAUUGUCUUCCUUUAUAUCAUCGAGAGUAUUCAGAAGGUGUGUUCCGUGUACGACAGGCAUCCGAUUAUGGGCAAUUACUGCGAGUAUGAGGUCACGUCUUUCAGAAACAUCUCCGGUACAAACGACUCAUUUGCUGCAAAUUCCAACUUGACAGAAGGAAUAAUUGAAGUGACUCAAUACGAAAAAGUUCCAACCAUAGAUCCGAACGGAAUCGUCAUCAAUCAACCCAACACUGCUUUGUUUUGCACCAUACUGACACUGGGAACCUUUACCAUAGCUUAUUACCUAAAGAUAUUCAGAAACAGUCACUUUUUGGGACGAUCCGCUAGAAGAGCUUUGGGUGAUUUCGGCGUACCCAUCGCUAUAAUAAUAAUGGUGUUCUUCGAUUUCAUGGUACCCCAAAUAUACACCGAAAAACUCAACGUACCAGAGGGUCUCUCGCCAUCUAGACCGGAUUACAGAGGCUGGUUUAUCCCUCCGGGUGGUUUAUACAACCCUUUGCCCACGUGGGUGAUAUUUGCUUCGGCCGUACCCGCGAUGUUGGUCUACAUUUUAAUUUUUAUGGAGACUCAUAUUUGCGAGUUAAUUUUGGGCAAAAAAGAGCGCAAACUCCAAAAAGGAGGAGGUUUCCACUUGGACAUUGUUAUCCUGUGCAUCACCAACGUAAUGGCCGGAUUUUUCGGCCUACCCUGGAUGUGCGCCGCCACUGUGCGCAGCAUAGCGCACACCAAUGCGCUGACCAUCAUGUCCAGGACGCACGCCCCUGGCGAAAAACCCCAUUUAAUCGAAGUGAAAGAACAACGCUUGUCCAGUUUGGUCGUUGCCAUUUUAGUUGGUCUUUCAGUAUUUAUGUCUCCUCUGCUUCGUCUAAUGCCCAUGGCGGUUUUGUUCGGAAUCUUCUUAUACAUGGGAGUCGCAUCUACCGAUGGUAUUCAGCUUUUUGACAGACUGCGACUGUACUUUAUGCCGGUAAAACACCAUCCGCAAGCUUCUUACGUCAGAAAGGUCCGUACCGCAAAAAUGCACCUAUUCACCUUCGUCCAGUUGACGUGUCUCAUCGUUCUGUGGGUGGUGAAAUCAACCAAGGCCUCGCUUGCGUUCCCCUUCUGUCUAAUUCUUAUGGUACCACUCAGAGGACAGCUCAGCCGGAUAUUUUCUCAGAGAGAACUCAGAGCGUUGGACGGAGAUCAAGCAGAUGUGGAUGAAGACGAACCCGACUUCUAUGCGGAAGCACCACUUCCUGGUUAAACACACUUAAUUUUUCACUUAAUUUUUAUUAUAAUCCUCAAUUUGUUAAUCGUUUUUGACUAUUUUUAUAUUGUUUUUGUCAUUUUUAUUAGUUUAGUAUAUUGUGAAAAGGAAAAGUGAUCGAAACAGCCAUGUAAAUAUGUAUUCUCUUUAAACAUUCUGUCAUGUAUACCGACAGCAAAUUAACUCUAAUAUCGAUAAUCAGUAAGUAAAUAAGGUCUGUUAUUUGUAUAUACAGAGAGAGCGGUGCAGUUUUUGUAGCAGGACAUAAUAGAUUUGUUCCAACAUAGCAGAGAAGCAUUCUUGGUAUGGAGGCUUAUGCGCAGUAGUAAUCAAAAGAACCUGCGUAUUAAGACUGUUUAUCAGCCGAUUAAUGUUUUUCUUUUAAUUUCUUUGGCUAUUUUCUGUUUUUAAUUUGCUUAUUUCUCAAGUUUUGUUUCAAUUCUCUCAGUACUUUUAAAACGAAAUUUGUUGUUUUUAAACAUUAUUAAUUUUUUUUCUUAAAAUAUGUUUUUUCAAUGCCAAUGUCGAGGCCAAUGUUAACUUCAUGCUUAAAAACUACCCUCUCUAUAUAGCACUUCAUAAAAUUAUAAAUAUUAUAAUUAUUAAUAUUUCACUAAUCUUGAAACUUAUUUAUCUGAUUAUAUUUAAUAUAUACAAUAUGUCCCUGAAUUAUCUGUACUAGAGGAAAAACUUUUUAUUAUUAGGUAAUUUAUCAUAAUCACUAAAUUCUUCAUACAUAAAGUUUAGAUCUUACCACAAAUCUUACUUUAGAAUUAAAACAAAGUACUUAAUAAAUGUAUUGAUUAUAAUUCUAUACAGGGUGGGUCUUAAAUAAGUGCAAAUAUUUUUCGGGGUAGUAUAUUUCCACCCCAGAAACAUGUUUAUGUUUUUUUCGCGAAAA